AUGGGUAUUUUUCAUAAAAGAAAACCUGAAGAUGCCGAAUAUUACGCCAUUAAAGAUCAAUUUAGGAAGAUCACAGACUAUUACAAAGAUCUUUCAAGUAAACUCAAAGAAUACAUUCUGAAAAUGAAACGUUUUACUCAAAUAGCAACAAAGCUUGCUGAAGAUGCAAACUGUGUCUUCUCGACAGCAUCAGUUGAAGUAAAACAAGACUCAAUUAAGUAUGUACAGUUUUCACGUGCAUUAGAUUCACAAAUUUUUAUUCAUUUCAUUCCUGAACUCGAAAAUAUUAUUCUUGCUGAAUUCACUAAAUUCGAAAACCAAGUCGAUACAAUUAAUGAAAUUCAUGAAAAUAGAAAAAAACUCGAAAGAGCAUACGAUUCAGCUAAGAAGGAUAAGAAGAUGAAACCGGAAGAGCUCGAGCAAAUAAAAGACAAUCUUGAUGAAACAACAGCAAAAUUCAUCAAAAUUGCAGGCAAUUUCAUCCAAACAAGACCUCAGAACCUCGAUGCUGCUUAUUCGGACUUCAUAAUGACACAUCAAAAAUUCAUCGGAAAUCUUCACGAUACAAUGGAGCCAUUUGAAGCCUUGGCUCCAGCAAACUUCGUCAACCCAGAAGAUAAUCCUUUUGCAAAAUAA